AUGAACAAGGGAAUCUGCAGAAAUAUGAGUACCCAACAAAGGCUACAAAGAAGGGUAGGAGGAAACAGAGCUGCACUUUUUAUAUACGCUAUGGAAGGGCUAGAGAACAUGGCCUUCGUUGCCAACGCAGUGAGCCUUGUAACUUAUUUCUUUGGUUACAUGAAUUUCAGCUUAACAAAAUCUGCCACAACCCUGACCAACUAUUCGGGAACUGCAUUUAUACUAGCACUCCUUGGCGGAUUAAUCUCUGAUACCUAUCUGUCAAGGUUCAAGACUUGUGUUCUGUUUGCAUGCAUAGAAUUGUUGGGAUAUGGUCUCCUCACAGUUCAAGCACACUUUCACCAGUUAAGACCCAUCCCCUGCAAAGAUUUAGCACCAACACAGAUGAACCAAUGUAAGGCUGCUACGGGUGGCCAGGCUGCAAUACUUUAUACUGGCCUUUACCUUGUUGCAUUAGGAACCAGUGGUAUUAAGGCAGCUUUACCAGGCUUAGGAGCUGAUCAGUUUGAUGAUAAAGAUCCCAAGGAGGCAGCUCAACUAUCAAGCUUUUUCAACUGGUUCUUGUUUAGCCUUACCACAGGAGCAAUAGUUGGUGUUACUUUCAUUAUCUGGAUCGGGGCCAACCUAGGAUGGGAAUGGAGCUUUACUGUGUCCACUAUAGCUGUCCUAUUUGCAACUCUGUUCAUAUGCAUGGGCCAGUCAUUGUACCGAAACAAUACCCCAAAGGGAAGCCCUCUAAUUCGAAUCAUACAGGUGUUUGUGGCAGCCUUAAAAAAUAGACAACUUCGAAUUCCAGAGAAUUCAGACGAACUACAUGAGAUUCAUGAAAAAGAAAGAGGGGACAAUUAUGAAGUCCUUAACAGGACAGAUCAAUUCAGAUUCUUGGACCGGGCAGCAAUUUCUAGAAGCAGUGUUGGUACAGCAACAUCCAUAACCUCGGGACCCUGGAAUCUCUGCACAGUGACACAAGUAGAAGAAACAAAAAUCUUAAUCCGCAUGUUACCAAUAAUAUUUAGUACCAUAUUCAUGAACACAUGUUUGGCUCAGCUUCAGACUUUCACUAUUCAACAAAGCACCACCAUGAACACUAAAAUCAUGGGGUUUAAAAUGCCAGGCCCAUCAAUCCCAGUCGUCCCUCUUUUGUUCAUGUUUGUCCUAAUCCCUUUAUACGACCGCGUUUUUGUCCCACUCGUUCGAAAAAUCACAGGGAUCCCCACUGGAAUUCGUCACCUUCAGCGGAUUGGAAUUGGAUUGGUUCUCUCAGCAAUUUCCAUGGCAGUUGCUGGUUUUGUAGAAACACGUCGCAAGUCUGUGGCCAUCCAACACAACAUGGUAGAUAGCACGGAGCCUUUGCCAAUGAGUGUGUUUUGGCUAGGUUACCAAUAUGGUAUUUUUGGUGCUGCAGAUAUGUUUACCCUGAUUGGGCUUCUAGAGUUUUUCUAUGCAGAAAGUUCAGCUGGAAUGAAGUCCCUUGGCACAGCAAUAUCUUGGUGUUCUGUUGGACUCGGUUACUUUACAAGCACAUUGGUGGUUGAGGUGGUUAACAAGGUGAGUGGAGGGUGGCUCGCAAGUAAUAACUUGAAUAGAGACAAGUUGAAUUACUUCUACUGGCUAUUGUCCUUGAUAAGCGUUGUAAACUUUGGAUUUUACCUGGCCUGUGCUUCUUGGUAUCGAUACAAAACGGUGGAAGACAAGCAAAAUGAUUCAAAAGAUGAUGUUGACAUUGCCAAGGUUUAG